AUGGGAGAUAGAGAUCUUGGGCUUGAAAAGAAGAUACACAAAGCUGCACUUCUUGAGACGGUUGGUGUUUUAAACCAAGUUGCAGAUAAGAAGGACAAAGGCGGCAAGAAAAAGACCUAUGUAAAGUCUGAGAAAAAGGAAAAAGAGAGUAAGAGGGACACUCGGAAAAAAACCGACAAUCAUGGAAUAAGGCCAAAUAAGCAGAAAAGAAAUGCAAUGAGAAAGUGUGGCCAAGUUGCAAACGAGAAGGAAAGUAAGGAUUCAGAGAAGUGUCUAGAAAAGAUGACGAGGAAAGAGAGAAGGUUGGAGAAGCUGAGGAGUAGGGGAAAGGGGCCAUCCUCAAAGGAAUACUAUGAAAAGUUUAUCAAGAAGCGCAAAGACAACUCUCCAGAGAAGAAAGUUUCCAAAAGCGUCCUUCCUUCGAAACGCAAGGAGGACUUUCCCAAAGACGAUGGAGGCAAGAGAAAUAAAGUGUCUUCGUCCCGCAAAAAGAAGAGGUAA